AUGUCAAACUCCGCAUCUUCCUCCAUCACCCUUUAUUCCUUCAAACCUUCUUCAUCAUCAUGGAGAGUUCGUUCAGCUCUCUAUCACAAGAAAUUGUGGCCCCAAGUGACCGUUGAAGAAAUCUCCUUGUUGGACAAGGUCAAUGAAAAACAAGAAUACAAGGACGUUAAUCCUAUGGGUCAAGUUCCCUGCCUUGUCAUUCAUGAUCAAGUCUUAACUCAAUCCAUUCCGAUCAUUGAAUAUUUAGAAGCUGUUUUUCCAAAUUGCGGUCAAGAGGAUGCUCUUGUUGGUGAUUUGAUUCCAAAAGACCCACUUCUUGCCUUCCAGGUCAGACAACUUUCCGAGAUUAUCAAUUCUGGUAUUCAACCCAUGCAUAAUGGACGUGCCAUUCGUAUGUUGCCCGAACAACAACGAACCGAAUGGAUGAAAUAUUGGAUCCGAAAUGGUUUGAAUGUCAUUGAGAAAAUUCUCAGCUCCAACUAUCCAACACCACUGCCAUCCAAUGAGGAUUACAAGUAUUGCAUUCCUCAAUAUGGAAAAUUGAGUAUGGCUGAUAUUUGUCUUGUUCCACAGGUAUUUGUUGCCAAGACUCGUACAAGUAUUAAUGUGGACGAAGAGUUUCCAAUUACUUCCAAAGUUUAUUCUAAUUUGAUCAAGAUGGAAGAAUUUGUACAAACACAUCCUCAACUUAAAUAA